CUUCCUCCUCUACUGCUAGCCGCGCCGGAACUUUUGUUGGUAGGAACGGGUUUAUACAGUUGAGUGUUGCUGGCCGGCAUCGAGGAGAAUUGGGUGCCGUCCUCUUCCUGUCGCCGUCGUAGCGGCGGAGCGGAGCCGAGCUGAUCUGAUCCAGGAGCGCGGUUAUCCGACCGGCUGGGUCUAUGGUCGCUCCGCGAGCCGCUCCGCCGGCUGGUGCUUUUUUAUCAGGGCAAACUGUGUUCCAUGGCAGGGAACUUUUGGCAGAGCUCCCACUAUUUGCAAUGGAUUUUGGAUAAACAAGAUCUGUUGAAGGAGCGCCAAAAGGACUUAAAAUUUCUCUCAGAAGAAGAAUAUUGGAAACUACAGAUUUUUUUUACAAAUGUUAUUCAGGCAUUAGGUGAACAUCUUAAAUUAAGACAGCAAGUUAUUGCCACUGCUACAGUCUAUUUCAAGAGAUUCUAUGCCAGGUAUUCUCUGAAAAGUAUAGAUCCUGUGUUGAUGGCUCCGACAUGUGUCUUUUUGGCAUCCAAAGUAGAGGAAUUUGGAGUAGUCUCAAAUACAAGAUUGAUUGCUGCUGCUACUUCUGUAUUAAAAACUAGAUUUUCAUAUGCCUUUCCAAAGGAAUUUCCUUAUAGGAUGAACCAUAUAUUAGAAUGUGAAUUCUAUCUUUUAGAACUAAUGGAUUGUUGCUUGAUAGUGUAUCAUCCUUAUAGACCUUUGCUCCAGUAUGUGCAGGACAUGGGCCAAGAAGACAUGUUGCUUCCCCUUGCAUGGAGGAUUGUGAAUGAUACCUACAGAACGGAUCUUUGCCUACUGUAUCCUCCUUUCAUGAUAGCUUUAGCUUGCCUACAUGUUGCCUGUGUUGUGCAGCAAAAAGAUGCCAGACAGUGGUUUGCUGAGCUUUCUGUGGAUAUGGAAAAGAUUUUGGAAAUAAUCAGGGUUAUUUUAAAACUAUAUGAACAGUGGAAGAAUUUUGAUGAGAGAAAAGAGAUGGCAACUAUUCUUAGUAAGAUGCCGAAACCAAAACCACCUCCAAACAGUGAAGGAGAGCAGGGUCCAAAUGGAAGUCAGAACUCUAGCUACAGUCAAUCUUAAAACAUUCCGAAGAAUUCCGUAGUGGACCACUUGGAAAUAAACCAUUGGACAGAUUUCAGUAAUGUCUUCAGUGGAAUACAAAUGAAAAUGAAUAGCUUGUUUCUGUCAAGCAUAUUGGGAAUUGAUUUUAUUUUUGCAAAAUAAGUUUUUCUUUACCUAAUUUGAUUCUAGUACAUAAUUGAUAAAAAUCUCUUAAUUAUAAAAGUUUGGAAAGGUUCUAUGGGGACCUACAGACAGACAUACAUAGACAUUUCAUGAUUAAUAGCUUUUGAUUAGUAUAUUUCUUAAUUUGGAUGAAAGACAUUGUAGCUUUUUAUUAAGCCAGAAAACAUGAAACAUAAUUUGUUUAAAAUUCUGUGGUCAUUGAGGGAUCAAAAAAGGACAUACAGUCAAUAUAUGAGGGUUCCCCGCCCCCCUCUCUGGAAGUUAAACUUUAAAACUGUAUAAAAACUGUAUAAAAUCUUACAAAAUCCUGGAAGAUUUUGAUAAUGAUGUUGAUAAUUUCAGGGAAAUUAAUCAAGUACCUAUUGAUUUUAAAAUGUAUUUUAUUCAGUAGUUUGGGUGUCUUGCCAUGGAAAAUAAUAGCCUGGCCUAGCAGAAAAGUGCAAUAUGUAUAGGAUACUUUGACAUUUUAAAAGCUAUAUUAAUUCCGUAACCAUUUUGAAAUGCUGGGCAAACUUUUUUAAAAAAGUGAAUCAUACAUGAAGUUAUUUGCAAUUAAUUCAAUUAAUGAGACAUUUUGAAAGUUUAAUUGGAUAAAAUACCAUAAUGAGGUUGAAAUUUUGAUAAAUUUUUAAUGUUGAUUUUUAAUCUGUGAAAAAAAUUUUUUUAUAAGAUACGUGCCCUASUUUAAUUUUGUAUCUUCAUGUGGAUUUACAGAUUUACUGCAGGUAUCCUGAGCCAGGAAUACAAUCAGGUUUCAGACCAGUUUGAAACUGGCUAUUCUUAAUUUUCAUGAGUGUAGGACCAUCAGAUUAAAUGUUAUGUCAGUGGACUAUGCUGUCUGUGGAACUUAAUAAAUUAAUCAUUUUCUUCAGACCUGAAGGAGAGUGAUAAAACUUGGAGUCAUAGGAUAUUAAUGUACAAUUUAAGGAUUAAAAAAUUUUCUAUAAAUAAAUUGUGAACAAUGGAUUAUUAAAUGUUGACUUCCUUCCUAGUAUAAGACUGCAAGAAUAAAAGUAAAUUCUUCAGCU